AUGGUGACAACCUUAAAAGUGGGACCGGAACAACGCAAGCUUCUCUUAUCGGACCUUCCAACUGCGAUAAGAAAAGUAUCUCUGUCGCAUCGAUUCAUCAGAGAGUCUCAUCAGUUCAAAAUGGCGCAAAACAGGCAUUGGGAACAAGACAAAGAUGCUACCAUCUACAUAGGCAACAUCGACGAGCGCGCGACUCCGGCGAUGGUAUACGAGAUUAUGCUGCAAAUGGGACCCAUUCACAACAUCCACAUGCCCCGCGACCGUGUCACACAGAACCACCAGGGCUUCGGUUUCGUCGAGUUCCGCUCCCCCGGAGACGCAGAAUACGCCGCGAACGUCAUGAACGGUAUUAAGUUGUACGGCAAAUCACUGCGUGUUAAUAAGGCCAGUGCCGACAAGCAGAAGCAGGCAGAAGUCGGCGCAGAGCUGUUCGUCGGUAACUUGGACCCCAUGGUCGACGAGAAGAUCCUCUACGACACAUUUUCGCGCUUUGGCCCGCUCGUCACACUGCCCAAAGUCGCAAGAGAGGACAGUGGUGCUUCGAAGGGCUUUGGCUUCAUCUCAUAUGCCGAUUUUGAAAGUUCUGAUGCGGCCAUCUCGAACUUGAACGGCCAAUACAUCCUGAGCAAAGAGGUCACAGUUCAGUAUGCCUUCAAGAAGGAUGGUAAGGGCGAGAGACACGGCGAUGCUGCGGAGCGUGAGCUGGCUGCGCAGGCAAAGAAGAGGAACAUCAUCCCCGAGAUCCAAGCGGUGCCGCCAGCGUUCUUGAUGAACGGCAACGGCCCACCAGCUGGAGGUGUACCCGCCGCGCCCGUCGGCUUCGAUCCCGCAAACGGCCUGCCAGCUCAAGUACCCAACCCCGGAGCCCCUGCUGGCUUCGCACCUCCGCGAGGACCUGCUCAGUACAACGCAGUACCGCCUCCCGCCCACAUGGGAGCCCUCGGUACCGGUCGCGGUCAUGUGCUGCCGCCUGCACCGUCUGGCUUGCCCGCGCGCCCGCCCCAAGGCCAAGGCGGUUAUACGAAUCCCGCCGACUUCCACCCGGGCGCUCCUGGCUUCCGUCCACCCAGCGGCGGACCCCCUCCUCAGGGUUUUGCUGCGCCUCCGCCAAACUUUCCCGUUCCUCCCCCGGGCCAGUCCGGGACACCACCCGCACCCCCCGGCUUCAUGCCGCCUCCAGGCUUCAACCCUCCCGGGUUCCCUCCUAGGCGAUGA